AUGUCAACUGGGAGACUUCCAAAUAGUGGCAAGCCUCCAAAUUCGGCGGCAAGCAAUGGAAUAGGAAAUAUGAAUGGCGUGCGGGCUGCAAGCCGCCCAAGAAGAGACGCACCGGCCGGUCAACUGCUGGGCAGAGGGCAGAGAAACACCAGUGCUGGUCAAAGAUCUGCCAGUGUUGCCGGCGAAAAUGCAGCUCCGCAGAGCGUCGAGCCCAUACCAUAUGUCAAAUCAGACCAGUAUAUCCUAAAGCGAUUCCGUAACAGUAAACCCUCUUUGAUCAUACACUUGCAUCCUACGCACUUCAAAUUCGAUUCCCAGGAGGGAAGCUUCUCUUACGGAUCACCGAUGCGAAUCUUGAUCGAGCACCUCAAGACGCGGACCAUUCCCCACGACCUGGUCGAAUUCCUUAACGAUGUUCCAUUUUAUGAAGGCUGCAUGAUUGUUCAAAUACAUGACCACAAGACUACGGCUGCGUCACAGACCUCGGCCCAGAUCGAAGCUGGGGUUGAGAAGCGAAUUCCAUUUUCAGUCCACAAUUACAAUGAGCAUCUUACUCCGUCCUCGUACGUCCCUUUCCAGGGCAAUCUUCCCGAGAAAGGAAAGGCUCCAGAAAUCGAGGAAUCGAAAGGCAAGACGUCUGAGCAGCGGGACAAGGAAAAUAUGCCUGCCCCUUCUGCUCCAGUAAAUGGCACAUCCACAAAACUGGUCAUGAUUCCCCAGAAACCAAAAGUCAGCACGAUUGUUCUUCGUCCGACGCCUCUGAGCAACCAUGUAGAUUUAUCGAUCAGAGCCGCCGAGUCCAUAUCCAUGCCCGAUGGACGCCGAGAUUCUCGUACGGAAGCCGGUCCGCUCUCGGCCACGGUUCCACUGACCCCAAUAACAGCAGUGCCUCCCACACCACUGACAGCCAUGGCACCACCAGCGAAGCGUCUCAAGAAAUCAAAGGCGGAACUAGAUAGCAGCAACAUACAUGCUGCGGAAUCACAAAUUACUUUGGCUACCUGUGCGCCGCUUGUACUCGACCCUGUUAACAAUGCCGCCGAGUCUGCCGCUCUGUUGAAGGCCUUGGAGCACCCCAUGCACUCUGCCAAACCUCCAUCCCCCAAAUCUAGAAAAAGAACUGUUGCCGAGAUGGCGGCAGAUGAAGCAUUUGCUGCGGAACAAGAGCGUUACAUGCUCAUCAUGGAUGAACGUCUCUCUUCUAAUGCCACAAAUGCUCAAGGAGGGGUUAAUCCUGCGAGCGGUGACGGUCAAGCUGGAGGAUUUGAAGCUCGUUUUGAGAGGUUCAAGACGCUCGAGAACAUCAAAGCUCAGCAUGAGCAGACUAAGAGGGAGGAGAAACUCAGACAAGCUGAAGCUGAAAGAAAAGCAAACCAGGAAAGAGAAAAGGAGCGCCUCAGAAUUGAUAGCCUCAAAAAGGAUGAGAGUCAGAAUCAAGACAAGAUGCGGAACAAUCUUGCUCAACAGCAAGCGGCGGCUACGGCAGCUCGCCAGCAAGAGUUUCAGCGACGUCAAAUGCUGGCGCAGGCGCAGGCAGCCCAAGCUCAGGCUCAACAAGUACAGCAAGUGAUGCCUGGUCAAAUGCCAAAUCAACAUGGACACCCACAAGCCAACAACAUGAUCACGAAUGGGGUGCAUGCGCAACCACAAAGAUUCCAUCAGCAACAAGUUUCUCAAGCUCAAGCAUCUUCUCCAAUUGUUCGGAAUGGAACCCCUUUAAGCCACUCAUCGCCCACUGUCAAUGGCAUUCCAAAUGUGCCAAUGCAGCAUACUACCUCAAGUAUGGGCGGAAGCCCUGCAAGGCCUGGCUCUGUCGUUCAUCAAAACCAUCCUCAAAUGGGUGGCCCCGGUCCGCACCUGAUGACUGCGCAGAGAAGCCAACAGAGCCAUGCAGGAACUCCACGAAUGCCUAACUCGACCCCGAUCAUCCAACAAACACCACUCAACCGACCCAUGAGCCAAACACCAAGGAUGAAUCAAGGAAGUCCCGUACAGGGACAAAUGCCUCAAGCUAAUAUGCCAAAUAUGCCGAUGCAAAACGGGCAAAUGAUGACACCACAACAACAACAACAUUUCCACCAGCAACAGCAGAUGCAGCGCAUGAUACAACAGCAGCAGCGUGGGGUUAUGCUGAACAGCAAUGGGCAAGCUGUAACACCUCAGCAAAUGAUGCAAGCACAAAUGCUCCGCCAACAACAACAGCAACAGCAGCAACAGCAGCAGCAACAACAAGCACAAGGCAUGAUUGGAAUGGGUAACAACGGACAUCUACCACAGGGCUACACACAACACAUGGCGGCGAUGGCUCGUCAAGGGAUGCCGAAUGGCAUGCCUCAGAACUUCAUGGCUGGUGGCCAGGUGCCAAACAUGCAGCAAUUGCAAAUGCAGCAGAUGCGCAUACAACAAUCUCAAACCGCUCAGGCUCAGGCUCAAGCGCAAGCUCACCAUGCACAAGCUCAAGCUCAACAAGGGCAGCAAAUUUUGAAUCCGAAUGUUCAAGCGCAAAUAGCUGGACGAGCACAACAACUAUACACGGAAAGAAUGCCAGCGUUCUCCCAACAGAACCCUAAUGGGAUUACCCCUGAAAUGAAUCAACAAUUUAAGAUGUCGUGCCGCGUAGAAGCUCAGCAACAGGUGGUCCAUGCCAUCUCACGGCGGAGACAGCAACAGCAGCAAGCCCUCCUGCACCAACAACAGCAGAUGCUUGCGGCCCAACAAAAUGGAGGUCAACAACACAUGAACGGCAUGCAAAAUGGGAUGCAGAAUGGCAUGUAA